AUGUCAGAUAUCUACUCGACGCUAUCUUUUUCGCCAAAGAAGAAGCGUACUGCAGCGAAUUUCGACGCGGACACCCUUACCCCCAAGAGAUUGAGACUUGCUCCUCCGACUCCUCCUACUACGCGUAAUCGCAAAUUGCCUGCUGAACCCCAAAUUUCACUGUCUCCUCACUUAACUCGCCUCCGAUCCAUCCAAACCUCGUUGCAGCAAGCAUUGUCUCAUGCUCUUGCUUCGUGUGCAGCUUCUCCGACGUCUGACACAGGAAUUCUUUGUAACGUCACAAAUCACAUCUCGCUGAGCCAGUACAACGGCCUCGCAAAUAAUUUUACCGUGGAAGAUUUACGACGACUUUGCUGGCUUUGGGAAUGGGACGGCAAGACCAUUCAGAACGCGGUUGAAGACGACGACAAUCCUUUCUUAGACUCUCCAUCUCCUUCGAAGGAUUGGAAGAGAGGGUCCAUGGGUUUCGUUAUCAGUCCUGCAACUCAGUUCUCUAAGGCUGAAGGUAAACGCGUACCUGCAUAUGGCAUCGGAAUCGAGGUUGAGAUUGAUCUGGAUAAAGACAUGGGUGCAGGUAUGGCUGCUGUUGCUCGUUGGACAUCUGCUACAGAGACACGUCGUGCUCUUUUCUGUGAAAAGUUGCAUACUUGGACCAAGAUGCACGCUGCGCUUCCUGUUGUUCCGACAGUGCCACUAGCAAAUUUGCCAAAUCUAUCUUCUCCGCUGAAAUCUUCAUCUUUGACCCGCGUAUUUGCUUCCAUGUCGCCAAAAUCUUCUUCAUCCCUUCCCAAAGAACUGGUACCUCCGACACCUUCCUCGCCCUCUCGUACAUCCUCAAAGUCACCUACUAAACGAGAUUCCGCUAUCACUGCUUCCUUUCAUUCUAUCAUGCCUACAAAAGGCACAGUUUUAUUCCCGUCUACCCCAACAUCCUCUCGUGCUGAACGUACUCCACGCAUCCUCAAUCUUCGCACCCCUACCUCUAAAAUAUCCAUUGAUGAUCUGCUGUCUGAAACAUCUACGCCUCGAGGUCGUGAUCCUGCAUCUAUUCUUCAGACACCUACAACAUCUCGUAGGCAAGCCUUGUACGAUCGUAUUCGACAAAGAUCUUUGUCCGCGUCGCCAAGCAAAUCUCAGCGUAAUGCAGUUAUACCCGGCAGUAAACUCACCAAAGACCAGAUCAUGAAAAUGGGUCAAGAAGAAAUGCGUCGACGGUGUUUGUUAGGACGCCUUGGCGGAGUGGCUGAGAGCGUUUGGAUGCUGUUCUCCUCCGCUAGCGGAUCCACUCCAACUUCCACCCCUUCAUCACGCAAGCGUCGAACGCUACCUUUGGUUGAAGUCGCCACCGCUGUCAUGAAAUCAUCCCCAGUUCCUAUAUCACAAGCCGAGGCUAAUGAGUCUUUGGAACUUCUAAUUACGCUUUGUCCAUUCUUUCUCAAACAACUUACUAUCGGUAGCGAAGAUUGGCUUGAAAUGCCUUCCUCUAUCCCCAAUGACACGGGAUCCCCAUCAAAGCGCGCUCCUCCCAGUCCUGGAAAGGUAGAAAGCGCGAGAGAGCUGAUGACUAGGAGCCCCAAGCGAGUCAAGAGAGAAGCUGGUGGAUUGAGGGAAGUUCGCGAAAUCGUCCGACGAGAAUUGGAACUACAUGAUUGA